CCACCUUUCAUCUUGGCGCCUACGCCGAGCCACAGCAAAGUCCUUUGGUUUUACGGGAAUUAUAUGGCAUCUCGAACACAUGCAUUUCUCUAAGCUAAGGUAUGUGAUUCAGUCGUAUCUCUAUACUUCAGCCCAUUUUCACUGUCAAAAGUAGCUUCGGAGCCAAAUUACCACCAUUUCAGUCGCGGGAAUUCGAUACGUACCUAGUGCCACUAUGGAGCAUUACGACGCAACUAUACAACCACACAAUCUUUCUCUGGUUGACCGUCGCCGGUUGGAUGGCCUGACAGCUCCAGAGGCGGUUGUCUUGCUUGAUAAGGAGGAAACGCGUAUCAUGCGCCACUUGCUCGCUGUGCGUGCCAUCCGCAACACGCUUGCGCCUGCGAUCAAUCGUCUUCCGGAAGAGAUUAUGUCCAUUAUCAUGUCAAUCUUCAAGGAGGAUACCAUCGUUGAUGAUCUACCAAGCCCUCACUGGCAGCAAAUAGCUCAUGUGUGCCGCUGGUGGCGGGCUGUUGCCCUCCAGACGGCCUCUCUGUGGACAUACUUAAACGCGUCGAACGUGGACGUGACCCACGCUUAUUUAACCCGUUCCGGCAAUGCACCCCUGCACAUAUCUAUCUCAUCAUUUGUCACUACAACUACUGUUCGGGAGGUUGUCGACUUGAUCGUUCCUCAUUCGCGCCGAAUCGUCAAUUUGGAUCUCUCAUGGUUUUUCUUCGACACUCCAAACGAGAUGGCCCGGUUGAUUUCGCAGCCUUUGCCAAUCUUGCGCAAGCUGAAGCUCGUCAAUAUGUUUCCUCCCGGCCCAGAUGUUCUCUAUAUUAUUCCUACCGUACACGAGCGGCCAUCUCCAAUGCAAGAUCUCGAGCUCUGCAUGGCAUAUUUCCCAUGGAGCUCUACGAUUUUUCGGGGACUGCGUUCAUUGAAGCUGAGUUACCAAUACGGCAACGAUGCGACACCUCCUAUGGACGCCUUCCUGGAGAUUCUAAACAGCUGUCCUCAAUUAGAGACUCUAGCGUUGGCCUUCGCAGGCCCAACUUUAGGGCAAGUCGCGGCUUACCCUGAACCAAGGCGAAGAAUCAAUCUGGGUUCAAUCAAAGAGAUGAAGCUUUCAGUGAUGAAUGGGGUGGAUAUCGCGCAUCUCCUAGCACAUAUACGAAUACCUAAGACUGCAAAGCUUCAGAUCAAAUGCAGACCAGAAGACCUCACCGGUGAUUUAUCCAGCAUUUUUCCUCGUGAUCUUAGUGGCCUCGAGUGUUUGACGUCCAUGCGUGAAGCUGUGGUCAUCUGUAACACCCACCUUGGCGUCCAUACCAUGGAUAGUACGGGGAACGGCCAACGUGGCGGGAUACACGUUGAACAAGAAACGUCGAAGGAGCCAAAUCCGGAGUUCACUGCGGGGGAUUUUCUUGUAGCGAUUGCUCCCAUUCUUGGGGAAAUACCUCUGUCGCUUCUCACGGUAAUGAUAGACUCGGAGAGACCAUAUGAAGAAGAUUGGCGAGAUGUCCUUACCAGACUUCCGGACCUUGCGUCCCUCGCUUUCGGAUACAUCAAGCAACGAGGCGACCGGUAUGUGGACGAAGACCUCUUAGGGGCCCUGACGGGCGAUCAGUUGUCUCAGCCUGUCUGUCCUGGAUUGGUUAAUCUCAAAGUUUAUACGUCGGCUUUCGAUGAAUCAUUUAACACCGCCGUCGAAGGCUGUCUAAAAUCACGCGUGCAAAGCGGAGCAACAAGACUCAACAGUCUAGAGUUUACCAGCAUGAGAUGGGUUGGACAUGGUCAAGCAAGCUGGCCGGUUGUCGAAGAGUUUGUGGGUGUCUUUGAACACAGCCUUGAGGAAGAUACGCAUUAAUUCAUAUGUUUGUUGUAAAUUGUGACAAUGAAACAUAAAUUCCACCCGGGGUCCUGAACCCUUGAGUGAGCUUGCGAGUUGGUACGAUGUCGAUAUCCUUAGAGACAUUGCUCGGGUUGCCGCAUUCGUCCAAACUGCAUUACAUACAUUUAGUGUUUACGCUUCAAGGCCAAACAGAGUCUAUGAUACAUCAAGUCUAUAUUUGAUGUUGAACAUUUAAUUAGAACAAUUCUGGGAUUACCUCAUGAAGCUUAUA